AUGGGCGUAUCGUCCCUGAACGCCCCACCUCCCACAUCUCUGUCUCGAUCUCCGCCUAUGCACCUCUGCCAUUCGCGUUCAGUUUCCCACGCGCCGCCCCGACCGUCACCCUGCCUCCAAACCCCUCACCCCGCCCUCUCUCCCCUCCCCGCCUUCCCCUCUCCCCAUGCCCCUGUGCGAAACCGGAUUCCCGAGGGGGACAUUCGCCCCACACGUCCUCCUAUCUCUCAUCCCGUCCUCCCCUCUCUCACCCCCCUCGAAAGCUCUCUCAUCCCCUCCUUCCCAAAACUCAUCCCCUCCUCCCAUCGCUCCUCCUCUCUUGUUAUCUCUCAUCCCGUCCACCCCCCCCUCAACCCCUCCCUCCUCCCCUCAUCCCCGCCUUCUCUCGUCCCGUCCUCCCCUCUCACAUCCCCCCCUCCCCUAUCUCAUACCUCCUUCCCUCUCUCAUCCCCUCCUCCUCUCUCUCAUCCCCUCCUCCCAUCGCGAAUCCCCUCCUCCCAUCGCUCCUCCCAUCCGUCCAUCUCUCAUCCCGUCCUCCCAUCGCGCGUCCCCUUUUUCCAUCUCUCAUACCCUCCUCCCGUCGCCUAUUCCCACCCUCCUUCUCUCAUCCCCGCCUCCCCGCUCUCCUCCCCUCCGUCCUUCUCUCAUCCCGUGCUCCCCUCUAUCAUCCCAUCCCUCCCUCUCUCAUCCUCUCCUUCCCUCACUCAUCCCCUCCUCCCAUCGCUCGUCCCCCCUUUCCAUCUCUCAUACCCUCCUCCCAUCGCUCCUCUCCUCCCUCCUUCUCUCAUCCCCGCCUCCCCUUGCUCCGUGCAUCUUACCAUCUCUUAUGGCGUCCUCCCAUCUCCCAUCCUCCCAUCCCUCCUUCUCUCAUACCCGCCUCCCCUCUCUCCUCCCCUCCGUCAUACUCUCAUCCCGUCCUCCCCUCUAUCAGCCCAUCCCUCCAUCUCUCAUCCCCUCCUCCUUCCUUCUCUCAUCCCCUCCUCCCAUCGCACGUCCCCCUUUCCCAUCUCUCAUACCCUCCUCCCAUCUCCCAUUCGCCCCCUCCUUCUCUCAUACCCGCCUCUCCUCGCUCCUCCCCUCCGUCAUUCUCUCAUCCCGUCCUCCCCUCUAUCAUCACAUCACUCCUUCUCUCAUCCCCUCCCUCCCUCACUCAUCCCCUCCCUCCCCCACGCAUCCCCUCCUCCCAUUGCUCCUCCCCCCUUUCCAUCUCUCAUCCCCUCCUCAAUUCUCUCAUCUCCACCCUCAUUCUCUCAUCCCCGCCUCCCCUCCCUCCUCCCAUCUUACCUUCUCUCAUCCCCUCCUCCCCUCUCUCAUCCCCUCCUCCCCUCUUUCAGACCAUCCCCCUUCUCUCAUCCCGGCUGUCCUUCACUCGUCCCCUCCUUCCUUCUCUCAUUCCCUCCUCCCAUCGCUCCACCCCAGUUCCUUCUCUCAUCCCCUCCUCAAUUCUCUCAUCUCCACCCUCAUUCUCUCAUCCCCGCCUCCCCUCCCUCCUCCCAUCUUACCUUCUCUCAUCCCCUCCUCCCCUCUCUCAUCCCCUCCUCCCCUCUUUCAGACCAUCCCCCUUCUCUCAUCCCGGCUGUCCUUCACUCGUCCCCUCCUUCCUUCUCUCAUUCCCUCCUCCCAUCGCUCCACCCCAGUUCCUUCUCUCAUCCCCUCCUCCCAUCCCACCUUCUCGCAUCCCCUUCCUCCUUCUCUCAUCCCCGCCUCCCCUCGAUCCGCCCCUCCGUCCUUCUCUCAUCCCGUCCCUCCCUCACUCACUCAACCCCUCCGUCCCUCGCUCAUCCCCUCAUCGCCUCUCCCAUCCCCUCCUCUCCUAUCUCAUCCAAUCCGGAGCCUAUCUCAUUCCCUCCUCUCCUCUCUCAUCUCCUCCUCCCCUGUCUCUUCCCCUCCUCCCCUCUCUCAUCCCCUCAUUCCCUCUAUUAUUUCCUCCUCACCUCGCAUUCCCCCCCACUUUCCAUUUCUCAUCCCGUCCUCACAUCUCUCAUGACCUCCCCCUUUCUCUCACCCCCGUCCCCCCCUCACUCAUCCCUCCCUCUCCUUUCUCAUUCCCUCCUUUCCUCUUUCAUCCAUUAUCAUCCCCCUCUAUCCUCUCGGGACCAUGUCCUCCUCCCUCUCAUCCCUCCCUCCCCACUAUCAUCUCGUCCUCCCCUCUCUCAUCCCUCCCGUCCCUCUCUCCUCCCGUCCCCCACUCACUCAUCCCUCCCUCUCCUUUCCCAUCCCGGACUCUCCUCUCUCAUCCCUCACUCUCAUCUCUCAUCCCUCACUCUCAUCUCUCAUCCCUCACUCUCAUCUCUCAUCCCUCACUCUCAUCUCUCAUCCCGUCCUCCCCCUCUCAUCCGUCCAUCUAUCGUCCCUUCCUCCGCUCUCACGUCGUCUCCUCUCCUCUUUCAUCCCGUCCUCUCCUCUCUCCUCCCGUCCUCUCCUCUCUCCUCCCGUCCUCUCCUCUCUCCUCCCGUCCUCUCCUCUCUCCUCCCGUCCUCUCCUCUCUCCUCCCGUCCUCUCCUCUCUCCUCCCGUCCUCUCCUCUCUCCUCCCGUCCUCUCCUCUCCCAUCUCGUCCUCCCCUCUCUCAUCCCUCCCUCAUCCCUCGCCACGCCACGAUGUAA